CCGCUUUCAUGCAGAUCUCAUAAACCGAACUUGCUGCAUAUAGUGAAUAUUAACUUACUAUUUUGUCUAUACAACGAAAGUGUUCAGUUACUUUGAAACAAGUGUUCACAAUGAAGGAACUUAUUAAAAGCAUCUAUCUCUCCGACGGCUACAGUACUGACAGUUCCGAGAGCUCUGAAGGAAGAAGGAUUUCGGAUAGCUUUGAAGACGAGGCUGACUUUGGCGUGCUAUUUGACGUCGACGGUGUACUGGCUCGAGGUUCGACUCCCCUGAGUGCCGCCCAACAGGCGAUACGGCUCCUGGAGGACGAUGAAGGCCGCCUGAAGGUUCCGGUAGCGUUUGUGACUAACGCUUGUAAUAGAAGUAAUGACAAGGCCACUCAGAUACAGAAAUGGCUCAAUAUUCAGGUGACGCCAGAUCAAGUGAUCCAUGCGCCGACGCCGGCGAGACUGUUGACAGACUUCCACGACAAACAUGUUCUCGUUGUCGGACAAGAAUACAGAGUUGAUAUCGCAAAAGAUCUUGGAUUUACAAAUGUUUGCACGAUAGAGGACGUGCAACGUGCCUAUCCACUGUUGGACAUGGUUGAUCACGAGCACAGGAAUGUUGUGGCUACCGGAAGUCAUCCAGACGACCCUACGUUUCCUCCAGUUGAAGCUGUGCUUCUGAUUGGUGAACCGACGCAUUGGGAAAGUCACCUGCAGCUUCUGGUUGAUCUGUUGCUGACUGAGGGCGUUCCGAACUCAAGUCACGCCCCUAAAUCUGUUGCGAACGUGAAGCAGUUGCCCGUGAUUGCAUGCAAUAUGGAUCUCGUUUUUAUGCAUCAAGCCUGUAUGCCUAGAUUUGGACACGGAGCUUUCUUGGUGUGUCUGGAAGCUUUGUACAAGAAAAUCACUGGAAGAGAUUUGGAAUACCGUGCCUUGAUUGGAAAGCCCUGCGAAAUUACGUACAGAUAUGCGGAGCACGUGAUCGGUGACGUUGCCAGGAGACUGGGUAUUACUCGACCAAUCAGGAAAUUGUAUUUUGUUGGAGACAACCCUAAUGUUGACAUUGUUGGAGCCAACCUUUAUGACAGGUACCUGAAGAAGGCGUGGCAGAAUCGAGAAAAUGGUAACAUGGAUGAGGACAGUGACAGCGACCAUUUACCUGUCAGUAGGUCCAUCCCAAAGGGUGUUAACUUGUAUGAACAAACAGUACGCUCAAUGGAAAGCCUUCUCGUCGGAACCGGAGUGUUUAAACCCGAGGAGACGACUGCGGGUAGCAGCCCAAGUGAUGAUGUGUACCACGGUCAUAGAGACAUUUUGAAUGAGCCUGAACUGACCAAACCCUCAAGGUUUGUGCCGGAUGUAUUCCACGGAAUACAGCAUAUUCUCAAGCAGGAGAAUUUCAACCCAUGCGCAAUGAGCUCGUGAAAAACAUGAUGCUAUAGAUUAACGACACAAGAUUGCAUAGACGUGUUAUCACGCCAUGUUGUAUUAGUUGUGGUCAGAGUCUGCUGCGGGUCAGUGCUUGAAGUUCUGUGUCAUGGGUAGACAGUCGUCGUAUUAUAUGUUCCAAUGAUCUCGACAUUUAUGUCACCAGUCAUUGCAUUUACGCUUGACAUUAACAUUUCUAACAUUACUGACAUGUGUUCUAGUGAUGAACGUUUAGCACGGGUUUUAUACGAGUAUCGCGGAAGACUCGGAAGUAUUUGAAUGGUUGGUACCUCUUAAAGGACCUCCCAGACAGUGGUAGAAACCCUUGAAGGGGCCUUCUUGUUUAUAUAGAACAAGAUCUCAUGGUGGCAGUUCACCAACAUACCUCUCAUAUUUCAGACAUCAUUCUCCCAUUAACUUAUGUGAUAUUAUUUAAAUAUUCUAGGGAAGAUCGUCAUUUUUGUAUGUAAAUUACCAUAUUGUUUUAAUAAAACUGUUACACAAUCGA